CAUUCGAGCACUGGGGCACUGCCUGAGGGCCCGGGGUCAGUGGGGGGCCCUAUAAAAUGCCCCUGGUACCUUUUAUAGGCUUUUUUGGGUGUGUUUUGAGUGUGGGCAAGGACACAGGGGCCCAUGAUCCCCAAUUGGCCGGGGGCCCCAUGAAUUGUCAGUCCGCCCCUGAUCUAUAUACAAAUUGUAUGGUAGCACAUAUUCAUAUGUGGUGCUUUUAAUUAGGACCCAAUCCAAAAAUUUC